UUGCAGCGGAAGUGUGUGUUGCACUGAGAGAAACCCAUUGUUAAGUUGUGAAAACCGCCCGGGGAUUGCUUAUCCCAACCUCUCUCAAGUUUCCCAAUUUAACAGAUAUACAAAUAUCUUUCUCUGAGUGCAUUUGUGUGUGCGUGGUUUAAGAGGGCGUAAGAGUGCCGUUGGGGGACAUCCUUCACCUCAGUUUCGAAAUUUUAAGGAUGCUAAGGAUGGUGCAUGAGUUGGCCUUGGCCAGAGGCAUUCGAUUAAAUUAUAGUAUACUCGUAUCAUACGCGUAUCCAUGACCAGGCGGCUUUCAACAAAGAUCCGAGUAAGGUUUAAGGACUACAAAUGUGUCGGAACAUAGGCGGCCUGGAUUCAGCGAUCAUUCCCACAGAACAAUAUGUUUUUUGGGAUCUCUGUCAAAAUUGCCAAAUGUCCGAUGAGCAGAAGCUGCAAAGUUUUAUGAGAAAGCAUGACGUGCAGGAGGAUGUGGCCCGUCGCUAUCUAGUCGCCAACGACUGGGCAUUGGAUCAAGCCAGCGGUGCCUACGAGUCGGACACGGCCGCUGCCAGCAGCAGUCCCACUGACUCGUCCAGCAACAGAGAGCCGCAGUCGAGGAUCAGCCUGCACACAGACCGGCAGGACGAUGAUCCGGAGAAGCACUUUGCCGAAAGCUCCAACAACACUAUAGCCCCAGGCGAGAAGCGCGUCAGCAUAGAGGGUUCCACUCCGGCCCUGACCUACGUGGACAGCCUCCACAGUGUGCGAGUGUGGGGGCAAGGCCGCCGUCUGGGCAGCGCUCAUCCGAUCAAUCCGCCGGCGCCUGGGAGCGCGAAUCAGGACUCGGACACGGAUCCCAAUGACAGCGAGCACACCAUUGUGGUGCUGCAUCUCUGGUCGGAGGGCUUUUCCUUGGACGACGGCUCGCUCAGACUUUACGAUGUUCCGGAGAACGCACAAUUUCUGCAGUCCGUUCUGCAGAGGGAGGAGAAGAUGCUGGGCCUUGGCCAACGGCUGGAGGUGAGUGUCCAGGACCACAGCAACGAGCCCUUCAGGCGUCUUGGUCAGUUUCUGGGUCCAGGACGAACUCUGGGCGAUCCCUUGACUCGCUUGGCGAACUCCUCGCCAUCACAGUCCUUGGCUCGCCAGGAGCAGCAUGCCGAGGGCAAACUGAGCCUCAACGAGAAGUCGGCCAUGACGACGGUCCAGCUGCGUCUCUCCGAUGGCAGCCGCAUCUCAGCCCGCUUCAAUCGCACCCACAACGUGGGCGACGUCUACCGCUAUGUCCGCCUGGCACGGCCCCAGUACUCCAGCCGGAGAUUCGUACUGAUCACGAGCUUUCCUCGAGUGCAGCUGGAUGAGACGGAUGCCCGCAGCCUGGCCGAGGCCAAUCUCUGCAAUGUGGUCGUCAUCCAGCACUUGGAAGAGGAGCAGCCCGAGCAGUCCUCCGCCGAAUUUCUGAUGUAAACUUGGACUGAAAAUCAAUAAAACCACUUAAUAUGAGACUUUU